GAACUACUCAAGAUUCGGCGAGCUACUCAAGAUUCAAUGAGCCAGCACAGGAACGAAAUGUGUAAUGACGCAAAGGAUUUAAUAUGGUUGGAUGUUCUCCCACAGCUUGACAUAUUUCUACCUCCAUUCGAUAAACAUUCCUGAGCUGCUGUACAUCUCCAUGGUUGGGAUGUUGGAUGACCUGCAGAUAUGCUACUAUGACAGCACCAUCCAGAGGGUAGAAGCCAAGCAAGAGUGGAUCAUGGACGGCUUUUCAGCUAACAACUGGAAAAACCAGAAAGAGAUCCCGGACAUAAUUAAAAACUUACUUCUUCAUAAUCUGACUCCAUUUGUGUCGAUGCCUGGCAUCAGAUACAUCCAGGGGCUUCUGGGCUGCGCGCAGUCUGCAAAUACAUUCAAAACCUUCCUCAAGAUCGGCUGCCAAGUUGCUCCAGAGGUUCAGGUGUUGAAAAAGAGGCCAACAGCUACUGAGGGUGAGAGUCUCCCAUACAUCAUCACUCCCUUCUACCCUCGUGCUAUCAAUGCCACUUGGCUGAAGAAUGGACAGGUUGUCUCCAAGGGCUAUGAGGUGACCGUGCUACCAAACUACAAUGAUACAUACUGGAUGGAACUAGUCAUUGAGCUGCAGGAUAAUGAUACGAACAUCUAUAUCUGUCACGUCAAGCACAGCAGCCUGCUGGGGUACUGAUGGUGCA